AUGAUGAAUUUCGAUAAUCUCUUUCGAUGUUUUAUAUUAACUCAAUCAUUUGUACGUGGUUGGGUAAAUACGUUUCAUUUACAAGAAAUUUUUACCUAUCGACGUGAAAAAAUUGGUAUUUCAUCUCAAGUAGCUACAGCUCAUUUUCAACUUGUUUUAUCACGUGAUCAUCGUUUUGGUAUUGAUUCAAUUCCAAUAGGAAUUUGUUAUGCUACUACAUCGGUAAUCAUAUUAUAUUACCAUAAAAUAUAAAAGUUAGCUGUAACAUCAUAUGAAUAUCGUACGACUUACAAAUAAAACAUUAUAGUAGGAUCAAAGCAACUUUCUAUUCAAAUUUUAUAACAAUUUGUUAAGAAAUUGUUUUUUUCUACGAUAGGACAUAAAGUGUUCUUCUAAUGUACAUUCUCGCUUAGUUAGUAACGUUAAAGAUAAUUGCUAAAAAGAAGAGAAACGAUACAUGCUUAGUAGUUUAAAAAAUAUACUUUAUUGAUGUUGAUUCAGCGAAAGACGAAGACGCAACAAAUAAACUAUUUUGAAUUCAUUCGAAAUAAAUAGAAGUGUCAAGCUUGAAACUUGAAUUCAAUUGAGUCUUCAAGUUUCAAGUUUGAUAUAGUAUAUGGAAUAAUGAGGGUAGAAAAAAUGCUCUCAUUCAUUAAUAAAAUCUUGAAACUCGAUAUUUUUUUCCAUUGUAAAGCUGAAUUUUCAUUUAAUUAUUCAAGAAAGACUAUACACACGCUGAACUAUACUUUAUUCUUGUUUUGUAGUUUUUGUUGCAAGAAAUGCAGAAUACACAACAGAAAAUUGAUUAUGUUUCUUUUUUGUGAUUAUUUUGCAAAUAAUGAAACUAAUUGAAUUAAAUAGAAUCUAUUGAUUUAUGCAAGAGUACAUAAAUAUUCUCUGUUAGUGUGACUACAUAAUUGCGCAUUGACCGUAAUGAGCGAGAAAUCGGAAUGUUUCUUUGUCCCCAUUCCUUGAUUUCACUCAAAAACAAAACAAAGAAAAGUAACUUUAAUAAUAUAAUUUUAAUGAUUGAAAUAUUUUUAAAAUAAAGAAAAACGAUAUUUAUUUGAAUAUAGACAGAUAGAAAAGCUUUUCUUUUAAACUUAAUAUUGAAACUAUUAUUGAAAAUGAAUUGUACUUAGUUGGUAACUUCAUUGAAUGAGAACAAUAUUAGCAGAAAAAAAUCUAUUCACUAUCUUAAAAAUAGGACAACAUUCAAUAUCAUAAUGUAAACUGUUUUGACAUCAGAAUCCAUAGGAAUAUAGCUAGAAAAAUAACAUUUUUAGGAUAGUGCCUAUGCUAGAUAAAUACAUAUUCUUUUUAUGUAUGUCCAAUUUCAGACAUUUGAUACGAAGUUCUUUGGAAGAAUUAAUCCAAAUUCGAAUUCAAUCAUCUUAUAUUCUGCUGAAAUAUGAUCUCUAAAAUUUAGAUACAUUUGCUUUUGUUAACUUUUUUCUGGAACUUUUUACAAAUAUGGUAGUCCAAUAUUUUGACAUCGAUUAGUCCCGUCCUAUAUGAAAUUAUAUAUUUAGAUCUCUGUUUGUUAGAAAAUGAAUUUUGACUAUCUAUAUAUCAGAGAAGCUUGUGUUUUUUUUUCAUAGUAUAUCAUGAAAUCUUGCUAUAUUCUCUUGAGCUUAUACCUGCUAAUGUGCAUAACUCAUAAAUGAUGUAUAAAAACGUAUUAUAUGUUAAUAGCUUAUAAUCAGCAUUGUUGAAAAAUAAAAUUUUAUCUUACCUUUAACAGUACACUUUAAAUGAACUCAGAUAGAGGGUUUCCUUUUCACAAUGAGAAAUCCAGAAUAACAAUGGUUAGAGCGUUAGCAUAAAAAAAUAUCUUAUGCGAUCGAGUGAAAAAUUGAAUUAGCAAGAAAGCUGUGCAUGAACUCAUGCGAAAGAAUUAUAGCAUUGAAAACUUAGAUAAUUAAAUAUUUGCUUACGUUAAGGGGUGUAACACGAAAGUAAGAUGCAUGUAAUGCAAUAGUUCUAUGUUUGGAUGAAAAGAGGGCGUGGCUGUUGAUAUAUAUCUUUCCUUUUGUC